GAGAAAUAACAAGGAGUGGCCUCUCCGCGUCCUCUGGGUCCAAUCUGGUUUCAGAAGUGAAGUUGCUCCCGGGCAGGCAAGCCUGAGAGAGGCCAAAGACACUUAAAGACAAGCAGCGGCGAGAAAAGCACCUCCCGCGCCCCACACCUCAGCAGAUCUCGCUCUCGGCACCCUCCUGGCGCCCGCGUUCUCCUGGCCCUGCCCUGCAUCCCAAUGGCAGCCGCUGGGCCCCGGCGCUCCGUGCGCGGAGCUGCCUGCCGGCAGCUGCUGCUGACCCUCGUGAUCUUCAGUCUUGCUGGUGAAGCCUGCAAAAAGGUGAUACUUAAUGUACCUUCUAAACUGGAGGCAGACAAAAUAAUUGGCAGAGUUAAUUUGGAAGAGUGCUUCAGAUCUGCAGACCUCAUCCAGUCAAGUGAUCCUGAUUUCAGAGUUCUAAGUGAUGGGUCAGUGUACACAGCCAGGGCUGUUGUACUGUCUGAUGAGAAAAGAUCCUUUACCAUAUGGCUUUCUGACAAAAGGAAGCAGAAACAGAAAGAGGUUACCGUGCUGCUAGAACAUCAGAAGAAGGUACUGAAGACAAGACACACUAGAGAAACUGUUCUCAGGCGUGCCAAGAGGAGAUGGGCACCUAUUCCUUGCUCUAUGCAAGAGAAUUCCUUGGGCCCUUUCCCUUUGUUUCUUCAACAAGUUGAAUCUGAUGCAGCACAGAACUAUACUGUCUUCUACUCAAUAAGUGGACGUGGAGUUGAUCAAGAACCUUUAAAUUUGUUUUAUAUAGAAAGAGACACUGGAAAUCUAUUUUGCACUCAGCCUGUGGAUCGUGAAGAAUAUGAUGUUUUUGAUUUGAUUGCUUAUGCGUCAACUGCAGAUGGAUAUUCAGCAGAUCUGCCUCUCCCACUACCCAUCAGAGUAGAGGAUGAAAAUGACAACCACCCUGUUUUCACAGAAGCAAUUUAUAAUUUUGAAGUUUCAGAAAGUAGUAGACUUGGUACUACAGUGGGGGUGGUUUGUGCCACAGACAGAGAUGAACCGGACACAAUGCAUACGCGCCUGAAAUACAGCAUUUUGCAGCAGACACCAAGAUCGCCUGGGCUGUUUUCUGUGCAUCCCAGCACAGGUGUAAUCACCACAGUCUCUCACUAUUUGGACAGAGAGGUUGUAGACAAGUACUCAUUGAUAAUGAAAGUACAAGAUAUGGAUGGCCAGUUUUUUGGAUUGAUAGGCACAUCAACUUGUAUCAUAACAGUAACAGAUUCAAAUGAUAAUGCACCCACUUUCAGACAAAAUGCUUAUGAGGCAUUUGUAGAGGAAAAUGCAUUCAAUGUGGAAAUCUUACGAAUACCUGUAGAAGAUAAAGAUUUAAUUAAUACUGCCAAUUGGAGAGUCAAUUUUACCAUUUUAAAGGGAAAUGAAAACGGACAUUUCAAAAUCAGCACAGACAAAGAAACUAAUGAAGGUGUUCUUUGUGUUGUAAAGCCACUGAAUUAUGAAGAAAACCAUCAAGUGAACUUGGAAAUUGGAGUAAACAAUGAAGCGCCAUUUACUAGAGAUAUACCCAGAGUGACAGCCUUGAACAGAGCCUUGGUUACAGUUCAUGUGAGGGAUCUGGAUGAGGGGCCUGAAUGCACCCCUGCAGCCCAAUAUGUGCGGAUUAAAGAAAACUUAGCAGUGGGGUCAAAGAUCAAUGGCUAUAAGGCAUAUGACCCCGAAACUAGAAAUGGCAAUGGUUUAAGGUACAAAAAAUUGCAUGAUCCUAAAGGUUGGAUCACCAUUGAUGAAAUUUCAGGGUCAAUCAUAACUUCCAAAAUCCUGGAUAGGGAGGUCGAAACUCCCAAAAAUGAGUUGUAUAAUAUUACAGUCCUGGCAAUAGACAAAGAUAAUAGGUCAUGUACUGGAACACUUGCUGUGGACAUUGAAGAUGUAAAUGAUAAUCCACCAGAAAUACUUCAAGAAUAUGUAGUCAUUUGUAAACCAAAAAUGGGGUAUACCGACAUUUUAGCUGUUGAUCCUGAUGAACCUGUCCAUGGAGCUCCAUUUUAUUUCAGUUUGCCAAAUACUUCUCCAGAAAUCAGUAGACUGUGGAGCCUCACCAAAGUUAAUGACACAGCUGCCCGUCUUUCAUAUCAGAAAAAUGCUGGAUUUCAAGAAUAUACCAUUCCUAUUACUGUAAAAGACAGGGCCGGCCAAGCUGCAACAAAAUUAUUGAGAGUUAAUCUAUGUGAGUGUACUCAUCCAGCUCAGUGUCGUGUGACUUCAAGGAGUGCAGGAGUAGUACUUGGAAAAUGGGCAAUCCUCGCAAUACUACUGGGUAUAGCACUGCUCUUUUCUGUAUUGUUAACUUUAGUAUGUGGAGUUUUUGGUGCAACUAAAGGGAAACGUUUUCCUGAAGAUUUAGCACAGCAAAACUUAAUUAUAUCAAACACAGAAGCACCUGGAGAUGAUAGAGUGUGCUCUGCCAAUGGAUUUAUGACCCAGACUGCCAACAACUCUAGCCAAGGUUUUUGUGGCACCAUGGGAUCAGGAAUGAAAAAUGGAGGACAGGAAACCAUUGAAAUGAUGAAAGGAGGAAACCAGACCUUGGAAUCCUGCUGGGGAGCUGGGCACCAUCACACCCUGGACUCCUGCAGGGGAGGACACACGGAGGUGGACAACUGCAGAUACACCUACUCAGAGUGGCACAGUUUCACUCAGCCCCGUCUUGGUGAAGAAUCCAUUAGAGGACACACUGGUUAAAAAUUAAACAUAAAAGAAGUUGCAUCGAUGUAGUCAGAAUGAAGACCACGUGCCAUCCCAAGAUUAUGUCCUUACUUAUAACUACGAGGGAAGAGGAUCUCCAGCUGGUUCUGUGGGCUGCUGCAGUGAAAAACAGGAAGAAGACAACCUUGACUUUUUAAAUAAUUUGGAACCCAAAUUUAUUACAUUAGCAGAAGCAUGCACAAAGAGAUAAUGUCACAGUGCUACAAUUAGGUCUUUGCCAGACAUUCUGGAGGUUUCCAAAAAUAAUAUUGUAAAGUUCAAUUUCAACAUGUAUGUAUAUGAUGACUUUUUUUCCUCAAUUUUGAAUUACGCUACUCACCAAUUUAUAUUUUUUAAGCAAGUUGUUGCUUAUCUUUUCCAAAAAGUGAAAAAUGUUAAAACAGACAACUAGUAAAUCUCAAGCUGCAGCACGGGAAUUAAGGAAUUAAGCAUCUGCUCUGUUAUUUUUUUUUUUUUUACAGAUAUUUUAGUAAUAAAUAUGUUGGAUAAAUAUUAGUCCAACAACAGCUAAGUUAUGUUAAUAUCACAUUAUUUUAUAUUCACUUUGAGUGAUAGUUUAAAAAAUAAAUAAGAAAUAUUGAGUAUUACUAUGUGAAGAAAAAUUUGGAAAAGAAACACUGAAGACUGAAUUAACUUUAAAAUGUUGCAGCUCAUAAAGAAUAGGGACUCACCCCUACUGCACUACCAAAUUCAUUUGACUCUGGAGGCAAAAUUUGUUGAAGUGCCCCAUGAAGUAACAAUUUUCCAUAGGAAUAUAGUUGGAAAAAAAUGUGUGUACAUGUAUUAUUAU